AUGGACAUCGGCACCCUUCAAAGCGACAACGCAAAAGAAAGCCACGCGAGUGUUGUACUUGGUCUUGACGAUGCGCCCAUCAUCAAGACCAAGUACGCGUGGAUGAUGGGCGCAUCGUCAAGACCAAAUGCGGUGCCCAAGGGGCGCGAUGUUCGCACCGAAGUGGCAUGCGGCGCCGUCGUGACGCGUGAAGAAGUGGCGUUGCCUGGAUCCCCUCCAAGCCGAGUUUACAUUCCUGCCACAUAA